AAAAAUAAAAUGAAAAGAAAGCUUCACAUAAGAUUAUCGGAGAAAACAAUCUCUGGCAAGGUUUCUGUUGAGUUUCGGUCCACCACCUUCAUCUCCGCCUCCACCUCCAUCUCCUUCAAUUGCCCACGACCUUAAAGGCCUCAGGUCCUCCAAUACCCAACACCACUGCAACAGAAGAAACCCAUCACACAAGGAAGGAAGCAAGAACAUAAAAGGACCAAAACCCUUUCUGUACUACCACCACAGGCCAUAACAGCAGGUGCUUUGUUCUUAAUGAGUAAACCAAUUACCAGUGGAUUUGAUUGCAAUGAUCUUAUUCUGUCAAGAUGGUCCUUUCCAUUUCACUGCUUGUUAAUUGAACCUGUAUCCAUAUCUGACUGGAGUUUGCAGUAGCUGUGUUUUGAGAAAUAUCAUUUUAGAACUGAUUCAAUUCUGUAUGCAGCACAAAGGAAGAGGGGAAAUCACAUAAAUCUGGUGCUCCUUAUUUUGGUGGAUUCAUGGCUGAUCAUGCUUUAGUUGUGCCUGAUGUUUCUCUUCCUUUGAUAGAACAUAGUUUAGUUAUUGGACAAGAAUUUCCUGAUGUUGAAACUUGCAGAAGAACAUUGAAAGAUAUUGCUAUAGCCCUGCAUUUUGAUCUUCGGAUAGUGAAAUCAGAUCGAAGCCGGUUUAUAGCCAAGUGCUCCAAAGAAGGUUGUCCGUGGCGUGUCCAUGUUGCAAAAUGCCCCGGAGGUCCAACCUUUACAAUUAGAACGUUACAUGGAGAGCAUACAUGUGAAGGAGUCCGCAACCUGCACCAUCAGCAAGCAUCAGUAGGUUGGGUAGCCAGAUCUGUAGAAGCCCGAAUUCGGGAUAAUCCACAAUACAAACCAAAGGAAAUCCUACAAGAUAUCCGUGACCAACAUGGGGUUGCUGUGUCUUAUAUGCAAGCUUGGCGUGGAAAGGAGCGCAGCAUGGCUGCACUUCAUGGUACUUUUGAAGAAGGGUACCGCCUUCUGCCUGUGUAUUGUGAGCAGAUAAGGAAAACAAACCCAGGGAGCAUUGCUUCGGUUUUUGCUACUGGACAGGAAAAUUGUUUCCAGCGCCUCUUUAUUUCUUAUCGUGCAUGUAUUUAUGGGUUUAUAAAUGCUUGUAGGCCACUUCUGGAACUUGACAGAGCACAUCUUAAAGGAAAAUAUUUGGGUACAUUACUUUGUGCUGCAGCUGUUGAUGCUGAUGAUGCAUUAUUUCCUCUGGCCAUUGCUAUUGUUGAUACAGAAAGUGAUGAAAAUUGGAUGUGGUUCAUGUCAGAAUUACGUAAGCUCCUUGGAGUAAAUACUGAUAACAUGCCUAGACUUACAAUACUGUCUGACAGGCAAAGAGGCAUUGUAGAGGCAGUUGAAACGCACUUUCCUAGUGCUUUUCAUGGAUUUUGUUUGCGUUUUGUUAGUGAAAACUUCCGUGAUACAUUUAAGAAUACAAAGUUAGUGAAUAUAUUUUGGAAUGCUGUUUAUGCCCUUACAACAGCUGAAUUUGAAAGCAAAAUCUCUGAGAUGGUAGAGAUUUCACAAGAUGUUAUGACAUGGUUUCAACACUUUCCUCCUCAACUUUGGGCAGUGGCAUAUUUUGAGGGCAUGCGAUAUGGCCAUUUUACAUUGGGGAUCACUGAGUUGUUGUAUAAUUGGGCUCUCGAAUGUCAUGAGCUUCCAAUUGUGCAAAUGAUGGAGCAUAUGCGUAAUCAGUUGGCAUCUUGGUUUAAUGAUCGUCGGGAUAUUGGUAUGAGGUGGACCUCAAUUCUUGUUCCAUCUGCUGAGAAGCGGAUUCUGGAGGCAAUUGCAGAUGCCCGUUGCUAUCAAGUCCUACGUGCAAACGAAGUUGAGUUUGAGAUUGUGUCAACUGAGCGGACAAAUAUUGUGGAUAUAAGAAGUCGUGUGUGCUCGUGUCGCCGUUGGCAGCUCUAUGGUUUACCUUGUGCACAUGCUGCUGCUGCACUUAUUUCUUGUGGACAAAAUGCCCAUCUAUUUGCAGAACCCUGUUUCACAGUUGCAAGUUAUCGAGAGACUUACUCACAGAUGAUAAACCAUAUUCCAGAUAAAAGCCUAUGGAGGGAACCAGGUGAGGGAACUGAAGGUGGAGGUGCCAAGGUUGAUAUCACAAUACGCCCACCCAAAACUCGGCGGCCUCCUGGAAGACCAAAAAAGAAGGUGCUUCGUGUAGAAAACUUUAAGCGUCCGAAGAGAGUUGUUCAAUGUGGUCGCUGUCAUUUGUUAGGACAUUCUCAAAAGAAAUGCACAAUGCCACUAUGAACAGGAGAUAGCUUCUUAACAUUUCUUUCAUUUCUUAUUCUGGAAUUACAAAAGAAUCCAUGGUGUGUUUGUAAUCUGAUGUAUGUUUGAACUAUUUCAUAGAAUAACAAGGAUCUAAUCCUUUUGGUAUA